AUGCAACGCAGCUUGCUGAGAUUACCCAAACCCAGCUCCUGGCGCUUUGUCAGAUAUAAUUCCAAUGUUCCUGCCGAUAAGAAAAAUGACUCAAAUCUCCCCCUUAAUAGAUCGGAAGAUUUCAAUCAAUUAACUGAAAAGUUCAACCCUGAUUUAUCGUCAAAAGUAUCUAAGCCAUCUGCUUCUCUGCCGGCAAUAGACCCAUCACUAAAGGAACUGAUGACGAAACCCAAAACUGAAUAUAAUCCUUUGAUGAAUGCCCAACAAAACUCAUACGAGUUCAAAGCACCUAAAUCUCCAAAACAAUUGUAUAAGCAACAACUUGAGGAAAAAUCACGUCCAAAGUCAAAACUACGUAAGAUGUUGCCAUCAUUACUUAUUUGUGGAGGUUUAUGUUGGGGUAUUUUUACUUACUACUACAUAACGAAGGAGAAAGAUCCGAAUGUUGAUCGAGAUACAGCCCUACUAAGAGAUGAUAAAUUUUUGCCUUAUAUUGUCACAUUCAAACACAAGAUUAAUGAUGAUCACUAUUUAAUUGAGCUAACCAGAAAAAACAGAGCCGAAAAAUUGAUCCACAAUGAGCAACUAUUCAAUGGUGAUAGAUUAUGGAGCGUCGAAAUAAUGCAACCCGAUAUCAAUAUUGUGAGAAAUUACACUCCUUUACCCAUGUAUGUUGCUGGUAUUGAUCCAACUACAAAAGAACCACACUUAAGACUUGUCAAGGAGCUAGAAGAAGAAGGUAAGUUUGUUCUCAUUGUUAAGAAGUACGAUCAAGGUGAAUUCUCUCGCUGGCUUACCAGCAGGAAUUUGUUAGAUGAAGUUAAAUUGAGAGGUCCAAUAAUCGAAUACAAAUUUCCUUUCCAUCCAUUAGACAGAGUUGAGGAACGUCCUCAGAUGUCAAAUACGUUAACUUCUAUCAAGCCGGAUCCAAUAUGGCCUGAAAAUUUACCCAAACCAGAAAACUUCACUUUUUUUGCAGCCGGUACCGGUAUUAUGCCAUUGUACCAAUUAAUAUAUUCGCCAAAUCCUCCAAAGGGAUUCAUUGAUGUUUGGUAUUCUAUCAAGGAUGAAUCCGAAAUUUUACCACAAAUUAAAACACUUAACUUCUUCGCCGAGAAGUGUGGCCGAGUUAAAUUUCACUAUAUUAUUUCAAACACCAAUAAACAUCAACACUUAACUGCAAAACAAAUCGAGUCACCAACAUUAGCAAAUUACUCAGGCGGUAUGGAUUUACAUAUCACAGAAGAGGCAUACAAGCAGAAACUAUUGCGUGAAAAGAAACUUGAGAUUCAAAAGCAGUUGAAGGGAGAAAAGACAGCAGCUUCCCCGCCAUUACAUGAGCAGAAAUUAGUCAUAAUUGAUUCUAAUGGUACACAAGUUAGUUCGGAAAAUAUCAUUAAACCAAUAGAUUCCAAAAUCAAACCAGAAAAUGCGUAUCAGCAGUGGACAUUUUUUAAAAAGUCCAAAGAGUUUCCACCGUCUUCAUUUGCAUUCAUAUGUGGACCUGAGAAUUACAUUGCUGAUAUCUCAGGUAAACCAGAUCUUAACAACCUAGAGAAGAAAGACAAUGGACCUAUCGGUGGUAUUCUCAAGGAAAAAGGGUGGACCUUAAACAAUAUCAAAAGAUUACAAUGA